CAUCAGUUUUGUGUAUUGAUUCGCUUAUUAUUUACUCUUUGUCCUGAUUCGUUCUUAUAAUCAGUAUUCAGUACAAUCCAAUCCUACCUCUGCCGUGUACCAUAACUGCUGUUCAGUUGUAAAGUGUACAAGUAAUUUUUGCAUAAUAUGUGCAUAUUAUUUGUUUUAACCCAAAAUCAUGAUAUAACUUUUUACAAUUUUGUACGUAUAUACAUUUAAAUAUACCUAGUCAAUUGCGAUAAAUAAACAAGUCAAAUGAAAUGCAACAGAUAUAAUACUAUUAACAUAAGAUUACAAUUUAAUGGAUUGAAAAUAUAAAUAUAAUUGUUUACAUAAGUUUUAUCUUGACUUGAAAGGUCAUUCUUAUAAUCUCAAAUCGCAAUUCAUUUAUUCUAAAACAUUGCCUAUUUAAAAUUUAUAUAAUCGAGGUAUCACGUAAAUAUUUGUUAAUUGUAUAUUUUGUUUUUAGUCAAAUUAAAUCGUAUGUAUUAUUUACAGCAUUAUACACACUAAUGGACUCACAAAUUGAUUUAAAAAAUGAAAGUAAUAGAUUGGCUACAUUUAUUGGUUGGCCUGUAUCAUUCAUUAUAACUCCAAAAAGUUUAGCAGCUGCUGGAUUCUAUUACACUAACCACACAGACAAAGUAAUUAUAAAUUAUAAUAAUAAUUUACCUACCUACCUAUAUUAUUUCAGAUUGUUUUAAUUAUAAUAUUUGCAUUGUUAUUAACAUUAGGUCAAGUGCGCAUUUUGUAAUAUUUGUGUUUGUCGUUGGGAAUUUGGUGAUAAUGCUGUGGAUGAACAUAAACGUCAUAAUCCCAAUUGUAGCUUUAUCUCUAGUCAAAAUUGUGGAAAUAUACCUCUCAUCGAAGGAAUUCAGUUAAGGGGUGAAUAUGUUGAACAUCGUAGAGAAGCAGGUUGGUUUGUAUUACCUCAAGAUUUUUUUUUUAUAUUGUUUAUUUCAUAUACUAAAACCAUAUUUUAUAUUGGUUUUAUACAACUAGUCAAAUAUUUUUUUUAUUUAUUCACUUACAACAAGUUAUCACUAGAGCUGUUAUUUCAAUGUACUUGGCAUUUUUUUCUAAAGCUCGUGCAAUGUUUGUACUGUCAUAAAUUCUUUUCAUGUUUUUUUGAUUAAAAUUAUGAAAAUUAAUUUUUCAUUUUUUUUUUUUUGACAAAUUUUGGAGUUUUUAAAUCCUAAAUUUUCUUUUAAGAUUUGUACACGCUAUCAUGAUUUUAUAUAAAUAUGACAAACUAUUAAGUAGGUAAUUGAAUUGUAUAAUACAAUAUAAUAUAUUACCGAAAAAUAAUAAUGUUAAAAUCUAAACAAUGAGGGUUAAACAGAAAACUUCUAAGGCAAAACUAAAGUGUUAUUUUUAAAAAUCACUAGAUUUCCUAUUUAAUAAUUUGUUUAUGAAAAUUGACUAUAUCGUUCAGUACGAGUUUCGUUGUUGUAAAGUAAAUUAUAAUUUAUAUCAAAAUUAUCAAAAAUAAAUACAUUUUUAGUAUAUUAUUUUCUUAUAGAUUAUAAAAACAUUUUUUAGGAUUUUAUAAGGAAAUUUGUAUUUAAUUUUUCUCCCUCCCUGAAAUAUCACCUAUGUAUCAUGGACACCCAUUUCAUCAGAUAUUGUUUGUGUUGGACAUUAAAAGCUAAAUUAAAAUACAAUUAUUUAUUAUAAAGUUAUAUCUCUGUCUUAAAUGCUUAAUACAUGUAGAAAUAAACAAAAUAUAGUAUAAUAUACUAUAGAUAUUAUCUGUUAUCUGCUUAUAUUCCUGACAAAUAACAUUUUAAUGAACUAGGUGAACCAAUUGAUAUUCGAGGUUUGGGUGUAAAAACUCAUCGAGUGGCUUUUCAUUUAAAAUAUAAUUCAUACAAUUCUCGGCUAAAAACCUUUAGAGGAUGGACAAAUGAAUCACAGAAACCUGAAGAAUUGUCUGUAGCUGGAUUUUUUUUUACUGGUGAGUAUUUUUAAUGAACUAAAUUAUAUUAAUUUAAACAAAUAAUUUCAUACUGUAUUCAUAAAAAUAUUUUUAAAUCCAAUUUACUAGUAAUAGUUUUUAUUAAUACAUAAUUGGGUACAUGUACUACAUACUGUUAUUUAAAGUGUACGUUCAGCCUGAAUAAAAAACGGCUUCAGUAUUUAUUAGAAUUUCUCAACUUGACAUUCAAUAUUAUUACUAUCAUUUAUAACUAGGUGUAUGAUUAUAAUAAAUUACACACUACAAUUCUUAAAUUUUUUAAAUCGUUUUAGUAGUUUUGAAAAAUUAUGAUACACAUUCAAUUAUCAGUUUAUACUACAGUUGAUAUGUUUUUUAUUUAUUUAAUUGUUAUAUGUAUAACUUGUUUAUUAUAUUUGAUGUAACAAUUUUUGUUUAGUAACAUAACUUGAUAUUAUAAUACAGUCAUUUUUUUUUUUUUUUUUGGUCCCGUUAAGUGUUAUUAUUCUAUAGGAACCUUCUAAAGGAUGGUUACCUCUAAAUAGCGGUUAUUAUUUCCGGGAUUUUUGGUGACCGUUCUAUGGAAGUUUUACUGUAAAUGAUUUUGAAAAAAAAUUUAGAAUUAAAAUUUUUUUUUUUUUUAACCAUCAAAUUACACGUUUAAACAUAGUAUAUGUAAAUUGGUACAAAAUAUUAACAAUAAGUGUUUAUUAUAUAAACUAAUGUAUGAAAUUUGUAUAAAAUAUUGCAGGUUGUAAUGAUGAAGUUCGCUGUUAUUAUUGUGAUGGGGGUCUUCAAAAUUGGGAGGCGUCUGAUAAUCCAUGGGUUGAGCACGCUAAGUGGUUUCCAAAUUGUGAUUUCCUAACUUUAGUCAAAGGUGAGAGAUUUUUGGAUGCACAUUUGGUGGAAAGAUUCAAAGCACUUUUAAGUAGACCUAGAUCCGAUGACACAUCUUCAUCUCAAGAGGUAUUGCUUUAUUUUUUGUAUAAUGUAAGGGUUAUUUAAGUGUCCAAACUCUAUAUUCUUAACUAAUAAAAAAACAUACAUAUUAAUUUAUCUAUAAUGUUUUAAUUAGAAUAACAUUUAAAACUCAAAAUUCACAAAACUGUUAACUUAAAUAAAAAAUAAUUAAUAUCUUAACAGUUUUGUGGGUUUUAGAUUUUAUAAAUUAUUAUUAUUAUUAUGUCAUCUAAUCUGAGUGAUUUAGAUAUAAACAAUUUUAUUCAUAAAUUUCUCUUAAUUGUUUUAUAAAUUUAUAUUUAUUUUAUUACAAGUUAGUUUGUGUAUCUAUUUGUGCUUUAAUCUAUACAUCUAAAUCUAAUUUCCGAAUAUUAAUUGAAAACAGUUAUUAUUUUGAAGAUUAGUAAUUUAAUUUUCUGUUAUAUUUUUCUAAACAUAUUAAAAUCAUGGUAUUAACUAUUGAUCAAAUUAUUAAUUCUUAGCAUAAUUAUGGCCUGUAACUUUGAAGAACUCAAAAAUAAAUAUUUAAAAAGCACCAUCUAAAUUUUAAAAAUGUUAUAAAUAAGAAAUGUUUUGCUUAACUACUUAAAUUCUUAAUGUAGAUUAAUCUAUACUUAUAAAUGAUUUAUAAUAUUUGUAGUUAUUAUUAACUAAUGUGAUUUGUCUAUAUUGAGUGAGUCUGUGGAUGAACAAAAUUUAUGCUCCCUAUACUAAAAUGGAUUGAAUUAUUACUGUAAUCUGUAGCAUUUUAUUUAAAUAAAUUGAAAUGAUUUCUUAAUGUUAAACAUAAUGCAUUUAUAUUUUGACUAUACAUUUACAUUGAUAAUUAAAUUUUUUAGGGACAAGUAGUUAGCAUUCACCAAACAGAUGGAUUUUUUCAAAAUUUAACAAGUACUGUGUCUAGACAUAAUGGGACAACUGAACAACAAAUAAGCGAACUUAUGUUAUUACCUCCAGCAAUUGUAAGUGUAAUUUUGACACUUAUUGCAUAAUAAUCAUAAUGUAAAAAUAAAACACUGUUUUUAUUCAUAGUUUAAUUAAAACCUUGUAGUAUGAUAAUAAUUAUUACUCUUUAUUUAGAACGCAUUAGAAUUAGGCUUGCAGCCCUCUCAAAUUAGGCAGGCAAUAAGAAACAAUCUACAAGAUAUCGGCAGACCUUUCCGUUCAACAGAUAAUUUUAUACAACAAAUUUUAAGUCAAGGUCAAUCUUCAUUUCCUGCUGAGGGGUAUAUGAUAAGACAAAAAGUUUAUAUUUAAAAUAAAUCUAAUAUAUAAUUAUAUGUGUAAAUAUUUAAUUUAGAGAUUCAAUGGCUAUAAUAGACAUUCUUCGUAGAGAAGGACCGAGAAUGAGAGCACAAUAUUUUCCUCAUGAAUAUUCAUCUAGUGAUUCUAGUGAUGAUGAAGAGUAAGUUAUACAAAUUAUUAUUAAAACAGAUGGACAUACUUUGUAUGAUGGGUGGGCCACUGUUGUAUGUGUAAAGUUUGGAAACUAGAAAUUUAUUGUAUAUCUGUAUACAGCUAAGCGGGAUUGGGUUAAUAGUGUUGCUUUCAAACUUUGGUAUUAAAAUUCUUAUUAAAAAAAAAUUCUACAUACACCCAAUUUUUUUUUAUCAUAAAGCAAGACUUAUAAUGAACCUCCUGUUAAAUUUUCUAGAAUUUCUGUUUAGUCUAACAGUUUUAUUACCUACCUUUUAUUUUGUAUAUGCCAAACAAAAAAUUAUAUUUAAAAAAAAAAUUACUUCAAUGUUUUGAACAUUUUACCAGAAAAGGCAAAUAUAAGUUUUCUGUCCAAACUCCCUAAAAUAUUUUUAACUGAAUCAAAAGAAAAAUUGAAAACAUAAUAAUUUUAUAUAUUUCUUAUUUUUUAUUUAUUAUGAAAAUAACUAGGAAAAUCAAAAAAAACCUCCCUAAAAUAUCACCCUAAUCAAAUUUCUUGUAGAAAAGUUGUUUACAGAUAAAAAAAAAAUAAAAAUAAAUAUCAUUGUAAAACCAAUACCAUUUUUCACUCCACUCAGAAUUUAAAAUACUCAGCUGGCGAUGUGACAUAGACAUGUAAAAAGAUGGACUGUAUAUCCCUCACUUCAUAAAACUAAUUAUCAUCAUAUAGUGAGAGAGAUAGACAAUAAGCACAAAUUCAUUGAGAGUAACUAAUAACUAUUUCCUCUCAAAAUUUAAAUCUGUUAUAAAAUGAUGAAAUUUGUUUACAUUUUUUGUAUUUUAUCAAUUAUGUUAUCAAUAAGCCGUAAAAUAUACACUUUGUCUCUUUUACUAGUUGUUGAUAUGUGUUUUCUCUUUCUAAACACAUUCCAUCUCUUAAUAUGUGUCUAUGUGAUGUGAUAUGGUAAAGACCACAAAUAUAUAUAAAAACUAAAUAGCCAACUCCAUAUACAAUUAUGAUGCUCAACGCCAUAUGUCAUUUGGGCAAUGUUUACAAAUUCUUUUGUUGCCAGACAAUAUUUUAUGUUAACAUAGUUCAUGGUUAUUAAAGUUAUCUGCGAUAAGGAUAGCAUAAAAAUGAUAACAUGAUACAAACAUUACCCAACUAACAAAUGGCGCUAGGUAUCAUACAUUGUUUACAUUAUAUUGGCAUUAUAUACAUUAUUGUAUAUGAAGUCGACUAUCUAGUUUUUAUAUAUAUAUCUGUGGUAGAAACAGAGUUUCAAUGAAGAUAACUAAACCUCAAUAAUGUUAUUCAAUUAAGUAACUUCUAGGAUUAGAGCGUUGGUUUGAAAUCUAUAAUAAUAAUUAAUUUUAUUUUUUGGCAUUUUUACAAACCAUAUUUCAGUCAACUAAUGAAUUUCAUCAUUUUGUUUUAAACUAGAGAAAAGUUUUAGUGGAACUUUUGAACUUUUGCAGCAAGCUUUUAGAGCCAGAUAACUGAAACAUGGUUUCAUAAAAAUAAAUAUUGUUAUUGAUUUAAAACAAAUGCUCUAAUUUUAGCUAAAAGUUACUUUAUCGGAUAACAUAAUAGGGGUUUCGUUAUUUUUAUUGAUGUAAAUAUUACAAUACAGUCUAGGUAUUUUUUGAUCACACCUCGUAUAAUAGUGUAAUCAAUAUAAUGUUACAAUUAUCAUUAAUUUAUAUUUGAUCAUGAUAUUUUUUUAGUAAAUGCUUUACCUUUAAUUGUCUAAUUGUCAUUGUACGAUUUAAAACUAAUCAUAUUUUUUAUUAUUUUAAAUUUUAAAAAUGUCAAUAAAACUGAGAAUUGAUUAUAAAAUAUUAUUAAUAGAAUUUGAAUUGAAGAGACACAAAUACAUAGUUCAAAGCCUCCUUGAAACAGUCAAAUCCUUUUGAUAUUUUUUUAUAAUAUGCGAAUUGUUAUACUUGUUGUUAGAGAAAGUGCGGCAUUGGCUUUGCGCAAAUGUUGCAUCUAUUAGGAAAAGCAUGAGUGGUUCAACAUUGUAUUAAUAAAUAAAUAAAUAAAUAUAUUUUUAUAAUUUAUGACAUAAUCUCCAAAAAUUUGGCGAAUCGUAUAGAUUAAAAGAAAAUGAUUUUAAAAAUAAAUUAAAUUUAAUAUUUGAUAUUUGAUAUUUAGAAAUUUAAAGUGUAUAAUUAUAUAAGAUUUGAUACCGAAGCAUUAAAAAAAAAUUGGGAUGUCAGUGCUUAAAUUGGAAAAAUAAAAAAAGAGGAACCAUAAGACUUCAAAAAAAAAAAAAUGAUUGUCCCUUACAAUUUCCGAACUUAAACUAAUUUGCAGGGGCGGAGUACAGACUAUUUAUUUUACUAUGAUAUAUAAUUUUGUUAUUUUGUUUUCUGUAUGUAAACAACUUUUCUACCAAUAAUCUUGUCCGAUCAUCAAAAGGUAAUAGUUUCUUAAAACUGUUUGUCUCUUUGAGAAAGUUAUUUUUUGAUUUACCUUAAAAAAUAUAUGUAUGUACAACAAUAUAUUCAAUUUUUGUUUGAUUCUAUAGAGAAGUUGUUCACUUAUAAAAAUGAAAUAAUAAUAAAAAAAAAUACAUACUCGAUUCACUUAGUAUCUAAAUUUUGCUUAUAUUUAUAUUUAUAUUUUUUGAUAAUAUUGUUUUUUAGUUCUAUUGUUGAUACACACUUGAACUUUGAGGAUAUAAAUAUUAUAAUCAUGGGAAAUACACACUUGGAGAAUACAAACUUAGAUAAUGUAUUUGCAUCUGAAUCACAAAAUCAAAAUGUAACAAACAGUCAAAAUGAAAAUGUAACAAACAGUCAAAAUGAAAAUGUAACAAACCGUCAAAAUGAAAAUGUAACAACAAGUAGUCAAAAUGAAAAUGAAACUAAUCAUACAACUGAAAUGGAUGUAUCUGUUAGUGUUCAAUCCAAUGAAUCUAAUAAUAUUAAUGUUGAAGGUAAAAUAGAUAACAAUAAAUUAUAAUAUGUAUUAGUUACAUUUUUAAACAAACUAUUUUUUUUUAUUAUUAUUUUAGAAGAAGCAAAUGCACAAACUGUGAAUCCAGAGAACAUUAAAUUAUCACAAUCAGGUAUUUAUUUUAGAUUAUUUAAUCAUGUUGGUUUUAUGUUUUACAUCAAAGUAAUAACAUCAAAAUAAUGGCUAUUUUUUUAAGAAACUAUGUAAUAGUUUAACCUCUUUUUCUUCUUUAAAAUAAGUAUUGACUAUAUAUAGUAGUACUUAUUUAGUAUAAUAUUAUAAAUAAUGGUAUGAUUUAAUCGUUGAACUUAUAAAGAAAUAAAUUACUAUAAAUAUCUGUUAAAUCUAAUUAAAAUAGAAUUUACGGUUAAAACAAUAUUAACUACCUUUGUUAUGUUAUCGAAAUUUUAAAUUCAAUGAAAUACCAGAGUGCGCAUUAACCCUACAUGAUAUGUUCAUAAUAUUCUUAUAAACUUUUAUGAUAUUAAUAUAUUAUGCUUAGACUUGACAUAAAUACUAUUAACACCAUACAGUUGAGAGACAUUUUGAUUUUAUAAAGGGGUCUGAUUGGCCAUCUUGAAGCCCAGACUUAAAGCUGCUUGAUUAUGGGUUAUAGAGCAUUUUAGAGGAGAGAACUUGAUAAGAAAUGACACUCAAAUUUAGAGUUACUCAAGUGAAGCAUUAUGAAGGCAGUUGUAGACAUUUUCUUAGAGAUUAUCCAUACAUGUAUUGAGCAGUAGCUGAAAAGAUUACGUCGUUGUAUUGAAAAGAGGUGCAUUUUGAGUAAUAUUUAUAUAUAUAUAUAUAACAUUCAUUCUUUAGCCAAUUAUAAAAAAUACUAGAAUUCAAAAAAUUCCCUAAUAAAAAUUCUAAUUUAAAUCAUUUUAUUUCAUAUAAAAAAAGUAAAAAUUAAAAACAUUAUGAGAUAAUGAAAACAAAUUUUAUUUUUCAAAAAAAAUUGGUUAAAGAUUAAAUAUUGUAAUGAAAUAGUACCUAAUUCACUGUACUUUGUUUAUAAAUAAAUAAAAUAUAAAAUUAUCAAAAAAACAACACCCUUGUGUCAUAUUUCGGCAUAGAAAGAAGAUGAGUUAUUGAGUCCAUAUUUUUACAAAAAAUUUUAUAUCAAUUUAAAAAAAUUGAGGGGGGGGAAUUCAUAUUAAAUUUCAUAAUUAAGUUUUUUUGGACUACCCAAAUAUAUAUAGUUCAAAUUAUAAUAAUUUAUAUUUUUCAAAUAUAUUUACAAAAUGUGUGUACAAUAUGUUAUCUUGAGUAAUAUAUAUUUAAAGCAAGGACAGUAUUUAUAUCUAGAGUAAGUAUAACAGGUAUACAGUUUUAAAGUAUUGCCUCUUAUGUUCAGAAAUAACUGGUAUUUUAACCUAGGUUUUUUAAAUAAUGUUAUUUGUGCAUUUUAAUUUAGAAUUAGAAGAAGAAAAUCGUCGUUUAAAGGAGGCCCGUCUUUGUAAAAUUUGUCUUGAUCAAGAGUUGGGUGUUGUUAUGUUACCUUGUGCUCAUUUAGUUGCAUGCAUCACUUGUGCUUCAAGUUUACCUGACUGUCCAUUAUGUCGACAGACUAUCAAGGCUACUGUUCGUACAUAUCUUUCUUAAAAUUAAUAAUGUACUUAUAAAUUUUGAAUUUUCACAGAAUACAUAUUUGUUGGUUUUAUAAAUAAUUAGAACAUUUUUUGAAUAAAAUAUUAUAGAUUGCCCGUUACUAUUUAUAUAAUUCUAUAUUAAACAUUAAUCCUACAACUUAAGUGAAAUAUUAUUAAUUAAUUCCUAUCAAUAUCUUUAUGUUUAGUGUGGCUGUAAAUUAUUUUAUUUUAAAUUGUUUUCUUUAAAUGUUUAGUAACUUUUUUUUUUUUAUUUGUAUUGUUAUUUUAGGUAAUCAUAAAAUAUCUCUAGAAAUAUCAUAAAAUAAUAUGUUAUAGAUAAUUAUAAUUGGAAUUCAACAUAAUUCUAUACUUAUCAAUUGUUUUUGAAUUCUUAUAUUUAACCAGUAAUUAUUACUUUAUUAUAUGUCAUUUAUACAAUGAUUUUUAAUCAACCUUAAUCAAAAACUUUGAAUGUCUAAUGUUAAAUAAUAGUAUACAUUUUAUGAAUGUGGCUGUAGGAAAAUUAACUAUAUUAAUAUUAACUGCUAUUACAAAUAUAAUACAAUUAAAUUAAAACUCAUAUUAUAUUUGCAGUAUAUUUUAUUAUGGUAAAAGUUGUAUCACUAAAGCCAUUGUUACAAUGAACUGCUAAAGUUUAGCUUAUUAUCAGUUAAGGUGGAGAAUACUUCAGUGGCAAAUAUAAAACAAAUUAUUACAAUGUACCACUAUCACUAGUCAUUAUAUUAUUUUAUUAGUUAACUAAUAAAAAAUAGUACCUAUAACAAUUUUCAUUAGGACAUUGUAACAACUGCUAAAAUCUUAUCUAGGUUAAAUAUUAUAUUAGGUAUAUUAUAAUUAAUUCUAAUUACUUUUAUGUUUAAUAUGUUAUUUAUUAGUUUUAGUUCUUUAAAAUAUUAAAGGAAUUUAAUUCCGUUGAUUUUAUUUUAUUUUAUAAUCGUAUAAAUGUUGUUUCUGUGUUAAAUUAAUCAACAAUAGACAUUAGAGAUGUGACGGACUGUUUGAUAUAGUAUAGUAAUAUUAUAAUAAUUUUGAUCAUAUAAAUUCACAAAUACGGUACUAAAAACCUUUUUAAAUAAUACCUAGACAAAUAUGUUAAGGCCAUUACUCUUAAAUAGUUUAUAGUUUAUAAUCUUAGUCAGUUUAAUAUUUGUAUUCAUAUGUUAUUUUAUUAAAGUUGUAUUUAGGAUUUAGUAAAUCAUAAAAAAUUAUAGAUAAUGAAUAUUAGUAAAUUAUUUCUCCUUUACAAACAUUUAGAUAGUAAAUGAAUCAUUGUAUGAUUUUUACUAAUUGAUAAUUUAUUACUACUAAACAAAAAAACACCAUAGUAAUUUAGUUGUUCUACCCAAAAAUAUCCAUAAUCUAUAUUUUAAAUAAUCUUGAAUAAGUUUUUUUUUUGAAAAAGCC